CCCAGGUGUUAACAGGAGAAUUUCCGAGGGUCCAUGAAGGCAACCUUUUCUCCGCAGUUUCGGGUAGCUUUCGUUUCUCUCGCCGAACGUUCGAUUCCGCGAAGCAGGAGGCGACUGACCGCGAACUGGAGCGUGUCCCUGCCGCUGGAGCGUGUGUUCGGCCCGAGGAGGAGCCGAGGAGGAGAGCUAGCUGACCGGGGGACGGCUCCAUGCUAGCCGCAGAGGGACAGGUGCACCGUGGCGUCGAGCUGUGACGCGUCCCGCGUCGUCCGCCCGUGUCUCUACAUCCGGGGAACAACGAUAAAGAAAAGACGUUAAAGUCUUAACGGUUUCAAGAAACAACAUGGCAGAUAAGAGUUGAGGGAUCAGGGUGAACGUCUUCAUCAGGUCCACUGCUCGUCUUCAUCAGGUCCACUGCUCGUCUUCAUCAGGUCCACUGCUCAUCUUCAUCAGGUCCACUGCUCGCCUUCAUCAGGUCCACUGCUCGUCUUCAUCAGGUCCACUGCUCGUCUUCAUCAGGUCCACUGCUCGUCUUCAUCAGGUCCACUGCUCGUCUUCAUCAGGUCCACUGCUCGUCUUCAUCAGGUCCACUGCUCGUCUUCAUCAGGUCCACUGCUCGUCUUCAUCAGGUCCACUGCUCGUCUUCAUCAGCCUGUCCGCUCCCCUCUCCAUGAGGACAUGGCUCAGGCCCGGUUAGAGACCAGCGUCCUGCAGGAGGAGCUCACCUGCCCGGUGUGCCUGGAGCUGUACCGCGAGCCCUUCCUGCUUCCGUGCGGCCACAACUUCUGCAAGAGCUGCCUGGAGCGGCUGAGGCGGCAGGCGGAGCGCGGCCGCUUCCGCUGCCCCGAGUGCCGGGACAGCCACCGCUGCUCCACCAACUUCCAGAAGAAUUUCAAACUCGCCAAUAUCGCCGAUGACUACCGCCUCAGGCGCAGAGCCACCGCCGAGUCCGCCUCAGGUUUGAAACCCGGAGGGCUGCCGUCGGCCUCUCGGAGUGUGUGUGUAGUUCCGUGUGACUACUGCCCCUCGGCUGAGGCGCCGGGCGACGACUCUUCUGCUGCUUCUGUCUCCCAUGAAGGUGACGGAGCUGCUGCUGGUGCUGCUGGUGCUGCUGGUGCUGCUGGUGCUGCUGGUGCUGCAGCCGCCGGGUCAAUGUUUGCGGUGAAGACGUGUCUGAAGUGUGAGGUGUCGAUGUGCCAGGAGCACGUGAAGCCACAUCUGGAGCUACCGGCGUUCUGCGAGCACCCGCUGACAGAACCCAUAUUUGACUUCUGGAAGAGGAAGUGUCCAGCGCAUGAUGAGAUCUACAGGUACUACUGCAUGGACGACAAGGUGUGUGUGUGUAACGCCUGCACCAUAGAAGGAGAACACUCAGGACACACAAUGAAGACCCUGAAGAACACAAUGAAAGAUCUCAAGGGCGCCCUGGACAAGCAGCUGUACCAGGUUGAAAGGAAGAACAGCAUGGCGGAGAAGAAGCUCCAGGAGCAGAGGGAGAAGGAGAGACAGAACAAGAAGUUCACGGACGACUCGGAGCAGUGCCUGAACAGACUGAGCGAGGAGAUGAAGGCCAAAGUGCUCGGCUUCGUGGGCCGCCUGCGGGACUGCACGCGCACCCAGGGCGACACCAACGGGCUGGCCAUCCAGAAGAACAUCUCCAGGAUCUGUCAGGACCAGGCCCGGCUCCAGGAGGCCCGCUGCGGCCUCGAAGGUCUCAGCCAGGAGAACGAUCCCUUCCGCUUCAUCGAGGCGUACAGGACGACAGGGAAACAGUGCCGUCGGCAGCUGAGGAGGAACAUGUUCUACCCAGAGUACGUGGACAUGGAGACGGAGGUUCUGGUCACGUUGAUGGAAGAAGAGAUGAGGAAGUUCCUGGACGAGGAACUCCAGUGUAGCAUCAUUGCCGCCUUAAAUUCUUUGUGUCAUCUCACAGAUCAUGAGGAGGAGGAGGAGGAGCAGUAUGAGAUUGAGGAAGAGGCCACAGAGGAGGACGAUGAUGAUGACGACCUCAACGACAGCAGCGAGGAGGACAUGAGGAGUGAGGGCGAGGUGGAGGAAGAGGAGGAGGACGACGAAGAGGAAGGAUCCAACCAGAGGGAGCUGGCAGAUGAUCUUUACAGUCCAGAGGAGGAGGAGGAGGAGGAGGAGGAGGAGGAGGAGGAGGACGACAGUGAUGAGGAAGCAGAGAGUAUAGAUUGGGCGGCGGAGGAGGAGGAGAGAGUGGUUUAAAUGAGGAUGUGAUUUGUUUACAUAUAUUUUUCCACCUCUUUGAAGCACUUUGAAUUUGACACUCAGCUUCGGGUGAGGGCAGCAGAUGUUCCCACAUCUCUUUGAAUGUCCCUCCGACAGAGCAGCUGCCACACGUUGCCUCAAACCUUCCACAGCGAGCUGAGAUCCACCGGAGGAGGAGGGCGGAGCUGCGACUCAGCCGGACUCAGAACCAACUGGGAGCACGUGAUGCUCUGUCAGAAGAAGUCUCCUUUAUUAAGGUGUUUUUACAUCAGCAGAUAUUUACACAUGCAAAUGAAUGUAUAUUAACAGAAUGUGAUUUAAGACUGAAUUUAGAAAACAACUAUUUAAUUUGUUGAUAGAACAACUGGUAUAAGUUUUAUUUUUAUUAAUUUCCAGUCCUGGAUGCACAAAUAUCUGAAUUCCUGGGGUUUGACAGUUUCCCGUCACCAUGAGAAGAUUGAUGUGAACUUUUCAAACCAAAGAGUGAGGGUGUACUUUUUAAUAAAUGUGUUUGCUCGGCAUGACGUAAAUCUAAGUUACAGUUAACAUUGGCUCCGGGAUGACUUUUGCUUUUCAUAAUUCUUUGUGCUUUAAAAACAGGUGAUGCAUUGUUUAAGAUAUUGUUAAUUAUUCCUAUGCACUCUUCAUAUAUUAAUCCUACAAUAUCAGUUUCAGGUGAUGUGGAAUUUUGCACUUUAUUACAAGAAAAACCUGCUUUGUUGGGCCUGAAACUUUUGAAUGUGAAAAGCUGAUUUUUAUUUUGAUAUGAGGGAGUUUGUGAGAGGCCAAACUAAAACCAUUCAUAUAUAAAAAUGAAGCCUGCUGAAAAUGU